AUGAGCGAUGGUAUUGAUAUUGAUAUUCCCAUCCUGGAUGAUGACUUGUUCAAGGAUCGCGCACGAACUUUUGUCGAGUUUCUCGACGACCAGAGCGGUGUCACAGACUACCGCAGUGCUAUCAGGCGCAUGCUUGCGGCUGAUGAGCGCCGAUUGAUUGUGAAUAUUGAUGACCUGCGCACAUACAACCGUGCAUACUCGCAUGGACUGCUGGAUGAGCCCAAUGGUUAUUUACCGCCAUUCGAGCAUGCUUUGCAAGUGCUUGUAGAACAGCUUCAUGAUCCGCUUAAGGAUGAUAUACAGGGCAAGUUGUAUCACAUUGGGUUGCGGGGGAGCUUUGGUGAUAACCAUAUUAGCACCCGCAUGCUCCGGAGUGUGCAUCUUGGCAAGAUGAUGAGCUUGGAGGGCAUCGUGACUCGAUGUUCUUUGGUGCGACCCAAAAUCGUCAAGUCUGUGCAUUAUUGUGAUGCAACGUCGCGCUUUCAUAUGCGCGAAUACCGCGAUGCUACCAUGUAUGGUUCAGGACCGCCCACCACUAGCACGUACCCCACAACGGAUGAAAGUGGGAAUCGGCUCACGACCGAGUUUGGCCUUAGUACUUACCGUGAUCAUCAGAUGAUUAGUAUCCAGGAAAUGCCCGAGCGAGCGCCGCCAGGCCAAUUGCCUCGUAGUGUCGACGUUGUGAUGGACGACGAUCUCGUGGACCAAGUGAAACCUGGUGAUCGCAUCCAGUUGGUUGGCAUGUACAAGUCACUGGGUAAUCGUGUGGGCCAAAGCAACACAUCCACGUUUCGUACACUCAUGAUCGGCAACUACGUGUAUGUGCUAUCAAAUAAGGCUGGUGGUGGCAUCUCCCAACUGCCACUCACCGAUCUGGAUAUCCGGCACAUCAAUAAGAUUGCACGACGUGAUGAAGUGUUUGAUUUGCUCGCACAGUCUCUUGCUCCUUCGAUUUUCGGGCACGAGUACCUCAAAAAAGCCGUGCUGCUUAUGCUCUUAGGCGGCCAAGAAAAGAACCUGGCUAAUGGCACACAUAUUCGUGGUGAUAUCAAUAUUCUCAUGGUUGGUGAUCCAUCGACGGCAAAAAGCCAAAUGCUGCGGUUUGUUCUGAACACGGCGCCUUUGGCUAUUGCGACGACUGGUCGUGGCAGUAGUGGCGUUGGUUUGACAGCGGCCGUCACAACAGACCGCGAGACUGGCGAACGGCGUCUCGAGGCUGGCGCCAUGGUUCUUGCUGAUCGUGGUGUCGUAUGUAUUGACGAGUUUGACAAGAUGUCAGACGUCGACCGCGUUGCAAUCCACGAAGUCAUGGAACAGCAAACCGUGACCAUUGCCAAGGCGGGGAUCCACACCACACUGAAUGCUCGUUGUUCAGUUAUUGCCGCCGCUAAUCCGAUCUAUGGCCAGUACGAUGUUCACAAGGAGCCUGGACGCAACAUUGCGCUUCCAGAUUCGUUGCUAUCGCGAUUUGACUUGCUCUUUGUAAUCACAGACGACAUUGACGAGAAACGGGAUCGCUUGAUUUCUGAGCACGUUCUUCGAAUGCACAGGUAUGUCCAGCCUGGGCAGCCUGCUGGUGUACCAGCGAAAGACAAUCUCGACCAGGUGUUAGAAGUCGGCGACAGCGGGAACGACGAUGAACGGCACCAGCGUGAACCGGAUGACGAACUACCGUUCGAAAAGUAUAACCCGCUCCUUCACAUGGGCCUUCAAGGGGAUCGCCGUCAGCAGGUGCUUUCGAUCGCAUUUGUCAAGAAAUAUCUGCAGUAUGCCAAGUCACGGAUUGCUCCUGUACUGACGCCCAGUGCCGCUGCCUGGAUCUCGAAUGUGUAUGCGAAUCUUCGAAAUGAUGAACAAAGUGGCAAUGUGCGUCGAACUGCGCCUCUCACGGCGCGGACACUCGAGACAUUGAUUCGUCUGGCAACCGCGUAUGCCAAGGCACGUCUAAGCCAGUCGAUCGAGGAGCAGGAUGCCGAGGCAGCAGAGGCUAUUUUGCGGUAUGCGCUGUUCAAAGAGGUGAUGCAUUCGCGCACAACAAGCAAGCGGCGCAAAACAAAACGCGAUCAAAGUGCGGGCGACGACGAGGACGAUGAUGAUGAGAAUGCUGCGUUUGAUUCAGAUGACAUGGACCAAGAUGAGACCGAUCGACAGCUGGGCGGAAAAUCCGCGAUGCAGACGCAGAGUUUUUCUGGUCAGAACGUGUAUGGGACCCGAGCAUCCACUCGUGCAGCGGCGGCAGCCGUAACAACAGAGACAUCUGCUGCCACCUCAACUGUGUCCGCGUCGUCACCGGCAUCACGAACACCGCAACCACCGACAUCUUCAGAACAGCUUAGGUCGCGUGCCGUGCCAAAACCGAGUCGAAACGAAGCUGCGUGGAAGUCUUUCCGUGCGCGAGCAGCUAACGCGUUGUCAAGCACGUUUGCUGAAGAUGAGUUUGUGGACUUGGCUACAUUAUUGCAUGCUGUGAAUGCGGCUGGCCCGCCCAUCAGUGAGGAAGAUGCACGUGUAGCUCUUGAGGCGAUGAGUGAAGAGAACCAAGUAAUGCUUGCAGAAGGUGCGUGUUCAUGUGCAGGACGUUGCUGA